AUGUACAGUCCUGUAUGGGCCUGUACAUCCGAAUAUCGGAAGAUUGAGAAAAAAAUUUCAGCCGACGGCCACGGCCAGCCGGCGGCCCACCAGAUUCCCCAUGUGACCAGCCAGAAUCCCCAUCCGCCCACCCACAAUCGCAUCCGCCGACCCGAUAUCGCAUCAGUCACUAUAUUAGGUCUUGAAUCUUUGCAUAAGGCAACCGAUUCGAUUAGAAGAUGGAAUCAGCUAUAUGAACGAACGAGAAGUGUCAUCCGGAACCCAGCGUUUUACAAACGACAAGGCCGGCCAAUCAGGGUUACUCGAGAUGAGUCCCAAUUCAUAUUGGAUGCCUUGGAUUUAGAACCCACCCUCUACCUCGACGAGAUCCGAGCCCACAUCGAUGCCAUGACCGGAGAGCGACACCCAAUCGCAACGAUCCACAAUGAGAUCAAAUUUCGACUUCGACUCACAUGCAAAAAGGCUCGGACUGUCCACCCGGCACAGUGUGCAUUGCGUCGGGCGGCGUUUGUGAGUCAAAUUGGGUUUAUACCCUCCAACCAUUUGGUGUUCCUAGAUGAGACUGGUGUCUCGAUCAAAACUCACUCUCGCGAUCACGCUUACGCUCCGAAGGGUCGCCGAACAGUCAGGCUCCCCAGGCCUAUCACUGCCAGCCGGAUCAGUGUCCUUCCCGCGGUAUCCUUGGAUGGUUUGCUUGCGGUGAUCGCACAGGAAGGUACUAUGUACCGGCUGGAUCUUGAAUACUUCCUUGAGGAGUUCCUCUCAAAUUCUCUUAUCGAGCUCCCAAACAUGAACCCAUUUCCUGACAGAAACAGUGUUCUUGUGUUGGACAACGCAUCAUUGCACCACGGUGGUCGUGUCGCACGGCUAUGCGAGGACCGAGGGGUCUUACUUGUCUACCUGCCGCCUUAUUCUCCGGAUAUGAACCCUAUUGAGAAGGUGUUCUCGGUCCUGAAGUCCCAGCUUAAGCGUCGUCAAAUUCUCACUGGAACGGUCAAGGACAUCGAUAUCAUCAAAGAUGUGCUACCUGAGAUAGUUACCCCAGAGCUGAUGGCCAGCUUAUUCCGCGGGUCAAACUAUGCUGCCUGA